AUGAAAUUUUCUCUCCUUUUUUGCUCCUCUAUCCUCCUCCUCUCUCUCUUCAUUUUGCCUCAGAUAGUUCUAUCCAGACCAGUUAAGCAACCUUUCAAGUCCUUCCUACAACAUCUGGAGGGAUGCCACAAGGGGCAGACAGUGAAAGGCCUUUAUCAGCUCAAACAAUAUCUGCAGAAAUUUGGUUACCUGAGUUAUCCUCAAUCAAACAAAAGCCUUGCUGCCCAUGCCAACGAUGACGAGUUCGAUGACCUAUUGGAGGCUGCACUAAAGACCUACCAACUCAAUUACAAUCUGAAGGUCACAGGGGCCAUAGAUUUGCAGACUGUGAAGCAACUGAUGGUGCCAAGAUGUGGUGUCUCAGAUAUCAUCAAUGGAACAAGUUCAAUGAGAUCAGGGAAGAGGGGACACCAUCAUGGCUCCAACACUCUCCACACAAUCUCCCAUUAUUCAUUUUUCACUAACAUGCCUAAAUGGCCAGCUUCCAAGAGCCAUCUCAAAUACUAUUUCCAUUCUAGUGCCCAAAUAAGUGCAGUUCAGGACUUGCAGUCUGUGUGCUCAAAAGCUUUAUCAAGAUGGGCACAGGUAAGCCAUUUCACAUUUGAAGAAGUAGCAGAAGGUACAAGUGAUGCUGAUAUAGUUAUUGGAUUCCAUCGCGGAGACCAUGGAGAUGGCUACCCAUUUGAUGGACAAGGGUCGACCCUAGCGCAUGCUUUUUCACCAACUGAUGGAAGGUUUCAUUAUGAUGCUGAUGAGAAUUGGAGUACAAAUCCAAGCCAAAAUAUGAUGGACUUAGAAUCAGUUGCUGUGCAUGAAAUUGGACACCUUCCAGGCCUUGGCCACUCCUCAGUUCAAGAUGCCAUCAUGUACGCUUACAUAUCAUCUGGGGUUGAAAAGAGAGAUCUCCAUAGUGACGAUAUUGCAGGAAUACAGUACUUGUACGGUUCCUCCUAA